GCAGUUCCGGAGCAGCAGCAGAAGCAGCAGCAGCAGUAACAGCAGUUCCUCAGUGCAGAAAGUGAAACUCGUUGAGCCAGUGUUAUAAUACCAUGUUGCGAUUUGUGUCCGCUAUUGCCAUCCUGGCAGCGACGGCUGUCCAGUCGGCUCCAGUAGAACCAGCCCAGUACGCUUUCGUGACGAAGCACCAUCACGUCCCGGAGCAGCAUCAUCACGUGCUGGAGCAUGUGCAUCAUGCGCAAGAACCGCAGCUGGCCGUGCACUAUCCGGUUGAGCUGCUGCAGGAUCAUCACCACGAGCCGCAGCUCGUGCUGAGCAACGAUAAGUACAUCGGUGAGGCACACGAGUACCAUCAUCAUGAAGCUCCGGCCACCAGCUACAGCGAGGGCAACGACUAUAGCUCCCUGUACGGUGGCAAGCACGGUUCUCAUCUGUAUGAUAACUACCAGUAUGGCCAGUACGAAUCGGGUUACGCCAAGAAGUACGACGAGUACAACGCGUACCCGAAGUACAGCUUCGAGUACGGUGUCGAUGAUCCACACACCGGCGACCACAAGAAGCAGUGGGAAUUCCGUGAUGGUGAUGUUGUCAAGGGUGGAUACAUGCUGAAGGAAGCCGACGGUACGACCCGUGUCGUCGAGUAUACGUCGGAUGACCACAACGGAUUCAACGCGGUCGUGAAGAAGUUCGGCCACGCCACCCAUCCCGAGCCGGUUAAGCAGCACAACGCCUACGGCUACAUUGGCAACUACGCGGGAGCGUACGCCACCGGAGAUUACUACGGCAAGGGUGCCACCAGCUACGCCAAGGUUUGGAAGCAGCACUAAAACCGCACCCCCGAUCAACUGUUCACCUCCGUCACUCCGUCGCCGGCAGAUGUUGCGGUGUCGAUACUGCUCACGGCUGACUGGGAGUUAAACCCACUUGAGAUUAACUAGACGCGAUUCUGUAGGAAAAGAUUAUUUAUUAUCGUUACUGCAAACACUGUUGCGAAAAGCCACGCGAACCGAACUGGCUCUGGCUGGCUGAUUGCAAACUGCCUCGUGCUCUUUUUAUAAUAAACCUAUCUGUGAUUGAAGUUAA